AUUAUAACUUAAAACGUGAUUAAAUUUAUUAUAAACUAUUGUUCAUUAGUUAGUUAGUGUAUGUGUUAAUUAAUUUUGGUUAUUAUAUUAGAAUAUUAGAAAUUGAUUUUAUUUGAUACUUAUUAAUAGAUUAAUCAACAAUAAAAAAAUUAAUUAUAUUUAUAGUUAGUCUAACUGAUAGAGAGAUAGAGAUAGUAUAAUAUAGAUUAGAGUAGAAACUAUGGCCUCUAAGAAAAAUCCCGAUUAUUUUGAUCUCAAAAAUAUUAAUAAAAUAAUCAAAGAAAUUGACGAAUCGGAUAAGUUUUUUACUAAUAAUAAUAACUAUAAUGAGGACGACGUGGACAACACCGAUGAUGAGACAGACAACAACAAUACCGAUAACAAUAGCAAACAGAGGCCAAUACGGAGGAAUAAUACCGGAGCAGUCAAUGGAAAGACGCCAACGACAACACAGAAAACUGGUAGCAAAACUGGAGUCAACAACAAAAGUCCAGUAAAGACUGUAUCCGAAGAAGCGGCCAAAGAGUUAUACGAUUUGUUUAACUAUUACGACAAGAAUUUCUUUGACAAUAAAUUUGCCAAAAAUAAUACGACUGUCCGCUGGUCGACCCGUAUGACCAAAAAUAUGACACGUAUUGUUAAAAUGCCGCCGAAAGACCCGAAAAGUAAAGAGCAGACAUUGGAGAUACGUUUGUCCGACAGAUUGUUGGCCAACAAAGACGACAAACGGAACAAUCUAUUGGAGGAAACAUUGUUAGUUCAGAUGAUUAAAAUUAGCGGCAAAUUUGUUACCGAAAAAACUAAAAAGAAAUUGAGUACAAAUGCUAGCAAAACACCAACGGAUAAGACUACCAAAACUAAACAAUUGCGACAGACAGCUGACUUGGCUCCGGGAGAUAAACCAAUCAAAGUGGUUACCAUCGAGGAUACGGCCAAUUACGAUGACGACUACUACUACUACAGUGAUGAUGACGAGGAUGAGUUGGACAAUAUUGAUGGCCAACAAUUGGCGGCGGCCGCAGAUCCCGUUCCCGACAUACAGGCUAUGUUUCGCCGAUACGAUGAAAAAUAUUUCGAUGGCGUACUGUUUGAACACGAAGUUGAAUUGUUUUGGAUCAACAAUAUGUAUAUAGCGGCCGGUAUUACUUAUCCCGAAAAUCGACAUAAAUGUCGACCGAUUCAGAUAAAGCUUUCGCGACCACUGUUGAGAUUUGCCGGCGAAAAGCAGAUACGGGAGACACUCCUACACGAAAUGAUUCACGCCUAUCUGUUUGCACUAAACAUUAGCGAUGCUCAUGGACCCGAGUUUAUCAAAAAGAUGCAUCAAUUGAAUCGAAUGGAAGGGCUGUCUAUAAGUGUGUAUCACAAUAUGGUCUAUGACCAGGAUGGUUUUUAUAGGGCAUGGAUAAAUAAUCGUCGGGCCCGGGAAAAGUUUGCAGCCAAACAUCAGUACAACAAUAAUAUGAUAUAAAUAACUUAAUCUCUAAAAUCCUAAUCAUUUAAUCCAAAUUUUAUUAGUCAUAGACUAUAAUCUCCUGUUAACAUACUUGAAUAAUAA